AGUAAUGUGACUCUUCAAAUCAUACUCCCUGAAAAUGCAGAUCUCUGCAAAAAAAAUUCUUACUACUGUCAAACUAUGACACCAGAUUAUUUUUGAAGCUGUGUUGAUAAGCUCUUCUAAUAUGACAAAGGUGCAGUCAUUGAAGUACUCAACAAUAUUGCAGUUGUACACAAGAGCGGAAGCCCCAUGCAGGGAUUAUUACGGUUUAACUAUUGCAGAAUCAUGUAUAUGUCUCAACGUGUGGAAAGUAACGCACGGUCCACAUAUAUUCCCGAAGCAGAAAUUAUCCGAACUCGAAGACUUCAAAUACGACAAAUUCUUGCAAGAAGAAAUAAAAAACAUUUUUGGGGAGAGUAUUCAUCAGUAUCUCACGGAUCUUGCUGAAAGAAAAAUUACACUUCAUCAUUUGCCAACGAAAGUUUUUAUAAAAAUAUUGUCGUAUUUAGACACGAAUGACGUACUUCGACUAUCACGAACUUCGAAAAUAUUCAUGGAGUUAUGUAAUGCGGACGCGGUGUGGCUGACCAUAUUCAAAAAAGUACUGAAGAGAGGUCCAUCUCGAGAAGAAAAUAGAAUGGCUUUUGACAGUGGUUGGAAGGAAGUUUUGAAGAAACGAAUGGCAUACAUUAAAAAAGCUUUUGCUGAGAAUAAACUCAAGAAGACUCCUUCGGUGACCAUGAAAAAGAAAUUAGUAAAUGUAAAAUGAAUAAAAAUUGUUCUCUAUUCAGUUUCUGGCUCAAACUCCAUUCAGAAAACAA